GAUAAGCAGUGGUCUCCCCGCCAACGCAGCCUCUUGUUUAGUUGCCUACUUGGAGACUGGCCUUGAUGGAAAUCAAGGCAGGAUUGCGACAUCUGGAAACCCAGAUAUACGUAUAAGGGCCUCGAAGAAACAGACGCCCACGCACACAAUCACACACACAAACACAUACAAACAUACAGAUAUCUCUACAGUCCACCUUCCAUCUGACUCUGGGGAAUAAUGUUACUCACACACUCCCAGGUCUCGAUCGCCGCAUCAUCCAGCAUCGUCCUCUUCUUCACAGCCGCCCUCUUCCUAAGCGGCUUCGCAAUCCAGCAGCGCACCCUCCGCGACCUCCGCGCAGCAAUCAAGCCCGCCCCGCGCCCCUCGCCGGGCACGGGGAUCUUCCUGCCUGACCGCUUCAAGCAGGACGUGACGGAGCUCGCGGACGGGACCGUCGUCAUCGCCGUCGACAACAACAACAACAGCAACGGAAAGAGCGGGCCUGUGGUGGAGGUGCGGCCUUCGGUGCCGGAGGAGGAGGGGGUGACGUCUGGGGAGGGGGAGAGGAAGGGGGUGGAGAAGGAGAAGGAGAAGGGGGCCGGCGGGUCGGUCGGGGGGGAGAAGAGGCCGAAGCAGAAGCCGGUCAGUAGGGCCGAGAGGCGGAGGCGGAUCAAGGAGGAGCUGCGGGUGAUGACUGAGGGGAACACUCCUGCGUAUUACCAGCGGCGGCUGUGGUGAUUCGUCUUGCUUGGGCGGGGAGGGUUUUCUUGUUUCUGCAUUGUUUGUUUUAUGGGAUAUACGUCAGGGGCUCCGGGGGGGCUGGACUGGUAGAAUCUGGGCAAGGCAACGAUGGGGGGAGGAUAUUUGCUGGUUGGGUUGGCGUUUUGCAUCUUGUUCAGGACGCUGUUCCGCUGGUCAUGUCGCCGGGGGGAAACCACGCGUCGUCUAAAAAGGGAGGGUGCCAUGUAUAUGACUGAUGAUGCUUCUUGGUUUUACACGCUACGCUAUGAAGUUACAACCUGACCCAACCCAAUUCAUAAACACCGCCGAGACCGUUC